GAACAGAUCCAGCUUCAGUCUGCGUCCUUCAACAUGAACACYGAACCUGUUGUCAUCGUUUCCGCCGCCCGGACUCCAAUAGCUGAGAAUGUGGCCAAACAGUGGGGCGUCAGUCGAGAGAAGCAGGACCAGUUUGCUGUUAAAUCCCAGAACAGAACCGAGGCGGCACAGAAGGCAGGACACUUCGAUCAGGAGAUCGUCCCCAUCACGGUGCCGUCCAGAAAAGGUCCAGUUGAGGUGAAGGUGGAUGAGUUCCCUCGACAUGGAAGCAACAUGGAGAGCAUGUCCAAACUCAAACCUUGUUUCAUCAAGGAUGGCAGCGGGACCGUCACCGCCGGGAACGCCUCAGGUAUAAAUGACGGAGCAGCAGCUACCGUUCUAAUGAGCCAAUCAGAGGCUGCGAGGCGGGGAGCGAAACCCAUGGCUAAAAUUGUAUCGUGGGCUCAAGCAGGCCUUGACCCUUCUGUCAUGGGAACUGGGCCGAUACCAGCGAUCAGGAAAGCGGUGGAAAAAGCAGGCUGGAAACUGGACCAGGUGGAUUUAUUUGAGAUCAAUGAAGCAUUUGCUGCUCAGUCGGUGGCUGUAAUCAAUGAGCUCGGACUAAAUGAAGACAAGGUGAACGUGAGCGGCGGAGCCAUUUCUCUGGGUCAUCCCAUUGGGAUGUCUGGCUGCAGAGUGCUGGUAACGCUGCUGCACGCGCUGCAGAGGACCGGAGGAAGCAAAGGAGUGGCAUCGCUCUGCAUCGGCGGAGGGAUGGGCAUCGCCAUGUGUGUGGAGAGGGUCUGACGGACCGCUCGCUGAUCGUACUUAAUUUCUUUUAAUGAAAAAGGGAUUAUGAAAUCUGUUUACAAUGAAUAUUUAAAUCAAAGGUGAGGUUCACCUUGUGGCUGCUGUGCAAACUUGAAUCCCUUGUAGAAGCCAUCACUGUGAAUUUAAUUCAAAUUCCUCAGAAUUAAGAUGUAAAACACAGAAUUCAGUAUCUUAAUGUGUACACUUUUACAUUACUGCAAGUUUUGUGAAUAUCUGGCAGUUAAUUCGUUAGCUGUUAAGAAAAUAUUUUUAAUUAGCUUUUAGUUACUAAUAUAGCUGCAUAUUUGUGAUUAAAGUUUAAUAAGUUUACAUUAACAUUCCUAAGCUGUUGUGUAGAAUAAACUAAACUUUGUAACGGUGCAUAAAUAAGCUUAAACCUCAAAGUGCCAUAAUAUUUAACAGGUUUGUAUUUAACCAUGUGCUUCCUGAAGCCCAGUAUGUUACUGUAAUCCAGUCAAUUUACAUCUGAUUAUUUCGUCAGUUUAACAAAUAAACAGCCGUUUAACCA